AUGAACGGCCCAGCCCCCGGACCAAGACUGUCCAAGACUGUCGAUCAGUGGUGGAGAGAGGAACACAUCCAAUAUCUGUCGGGUCCGGCUGAUUUCGCUGACAGCGUUUCUUUCAUCAUCAUCGAGGUUUAUUGGCUUGCAUCCACUAGCGGCGGCCAGCCCGCCUCGUGUCCCAGGGCUUGCAUGGAAGCUCAGGUUCUGGGCUGA